CCAGACUUGUGCACUGAUUGUUUGCCAGUUACUGACCAUGAACACUCGAGUUAAUUUUCUCAUUUGCGGUUUGUGCUUCGCAGCUGCGCUUGCAGCCCCUUCGGAACAACCGUGUGAUAAGAGUAAAUGCAAGGGACCUUUGAAAUACUACGAGGAGCUGUCGUGCACGCCGAUAUACAAGGAGGGGGACUGCUGCCCUUAUAAAUACAACUGUGAGAAUGUUGAGAAGAGGACCCCCAAUAAAUGUUCAGUGAAUGGACAUGAGUAUGAUAUUGGCGAGUCCCUGAGGCCCGAGGAUGGACAGCCAUGCGAUAUUGGAUGUGUGUGUGAGGAUAAUGACGGAGUAGUUGGAUUCGAGUGCGCUGUGGUUGACUGCCCCUUCGACGAAUUCAAAGAGGGCUGCUAUCAACCUAGAAAUGCAACUGAGUGUUGCGAAGGCGAGAACAUUUGUCCUGAGACGGAGGAAGACUGGCCGACGUGUGAGGUCGACGGGAAGAUAUACAAGGCUGGAGAGUACUUCUCACCCGCUGGGGAACCGAAGAAAGAUUGCUAUUGUGGCGCUGGAUAUACAGGAGAAAAUGUCGCGCCCUUUUGCACAUCGGCCCCGGCCUCCCAAUGCAGCAUUGAAUUGCGUCACGCGUACGAUAUUCACCACAAGUGUGCACCGGUCUACUCCUCCACGCAGUCCACAUUGACUGAAUGCCCCCGAGAAUCUAGAUGCCCGAACGAGAGGGACGAAGUCAUCAAGGGCAAAAACAAGUCUUCUUCAUCAGAGAGUGACUCUUCAGAGAGCAGUGAGGAAAAAUCAAACGCCGAGGACAUGCAGUGUAAAUUUGGGACUCUUAAAAUGAAGAUUGGGGAUGAACUCAAUCAGAAGACGAAUUACGACUCGGUCUGUGUGAGAUGCGUCUGCGAGGUUCCACCGGUUCCUACUUGCAUUCGUCUGCCUGAGGAUGUCUGUGAUGUUACUGAUCAUCCUCCAUUCAAUUCAACUCCUAAUUGAUUAAUACCUGAGAAUAUUUGUUAUUGAUGUUAUUCGGUAAUAAAAGCUUUAAUGAUUGAAGUAAGUA